GUGCGGAAGACGCCGGGCCGUGCGCAUGCGCCUUCCUUUCCAGCCUCGGCUCCAUCGGCAGCAGCAGCGGCGGGAGCGGGCGAGAUGUUGAUGCCCAAGAAGAACCGCAUUGCCAUCUACGAACUCCUUUUUAAGGAGGGAGUGAUGGUGGCCAAGAAGGAUGUCCACAUGCCGAAGCACCCGGAGUUGGCCGAUAAGAACGUGCCGAACCUUCAUGUCAUGAAAGCCAUGCAGUCUCUGAAGUCUCGGGGCUAUGUGAAGGAGCAGUUUGCCUGGAGACACUUCUACUGGUACCUGACCAACGAGGGCAUUCAGUACCUGCGAGACUACCUGCACCUGCCCCCCGAAAUCGUGCCCGCCACGCUGCGUCGGAGCCGCCCGGAGACGGGCAGGCCACGACCCAAAGGUCUGGAGGGUGAGCGCCCCGCACGUCUUACCCGGGGCGAGGCCGACAGGGACACCUACAGACGCAAUGCUGUUCCCCCUGGUGCUGACAAAAAGGCUGAGGCAGGCGCUGGAGCAGCGACCGAAUUCCAGUUUAGAGGUGGAUUUGGCCGUGGCCGUGGUCAGCCUCCCCAAUAAAACUGAGGAGUUCUAUUUUCGUGUUUAAUAAAAAUUGACCAAAAAAAA